UGAAAAUGCAGACUUCUACUAGACUUCCUUCAAGUCCGUUUAGAAAAGAAUACAUCAAAUCACUAGUCCAGAACCAACUAAAAUCUAAAAAAUUUAUUAAUUUCAAGAGCACAUUUUAAGAAUCCCAAAAGAUCUGUUGAAAACAGGAGGCUUCAGUGUGAGAGCCUAGCGAGGCUCAGGCAGAAGAAUAGUUCUGUGCUGGUCAAGAGAGGUAAAUAUGAUCAAUUUAAAGAUGAUAAAAGCAUCAGAUCUCCUUCCCCCAACAAUUUCGCUCUCAAAAAAUCAUUCAAGACCUCAGAUUUUUAUUUGAAAAAUAAAAAUUCUUUAUCAAAAUUAUCCAAAUAAAUCACUUCCAAAUAUUUUCAGCAUGGAUGAUUCCGAGGAUAACAGUCGUUCAAAAUCAAUUUUUAUCAGAAAGAUACAACCCUUCCAAGCAAAAAUAGAGAAGUCUACACUUAGAAAGAUAGAAGAGUUUAACACCAAGUACAAGAUAUUAGACAAAAGCUCGAAGAUGCAUAAUUUUAUGCAAAACAUGAGCUAUGAGAACCCUUUCUAUGAUACCCACACCAGCUGUAAAUAAAAUGUCCAAUGAGCUAAAUCUGAUCCGUAUCAAUAACCAUAGUGUUCAGAGGAAGAAACAGAUAGAAAUGGGAGAGCUUGUAAGCAACCUGAAGGAUAAAUAUGUCCGAAAGAAGAAACUGGUUCCUCCUACAAUGGAUGAAAUCACUAGGUUUAAUACUUAUUACACUAAGCAAAAGCUUCUCUUUCCAUCUUCCAAGAACAAUUCACCAAUAAAGUAUAAAAACUAUGACCAUCUUUCAAAUGCAAUUUACUCAAAAUAUAAUAUCUCAGAUUCAUUGGAGGCAAACGCAAGGAAGAUGAACAAUAAGAAUCCCAACAGAGAAAUUCUCAUUAAAAGAUAGAAAUAUUUUCAACAAU